UUGUGGGCCAGAAGUCAAAUUAUUGUAGUAAAAUAAACUUCUCAACAACAUGGAAAAAUUGCACCAGUAUCAAGGCAUCACAGGACGCUUUCAUCAAUUAAGGGACAAUAUUAAAGAAUUAUACCAUGGCUUUGAUGAUGAAGAAUCGACUAAUAUAGUACAAAGGGCUAAACAAACUAUUUUGGGUCAGCUCAAAGGAAACACAAGUGCUAAUAAGGAUUACUCACACAUAUUCAGAUGUAAAUCGCGUUCUGAAUUGAUACGUGUAUCUGCUGCAGUAAUGGGCAUUGAGUUUUCGUACGCGGCAGAAACAGCAUUUGUGUCUCCGACUCUACUUAAAAUCGGAGUUGAGCAUCAGCAUAUGACAUUGGUUUGGGCAUUAUCUCCUCUAGUCGGAUUCUUUUUAUGCCCAAUAUUGGGAUCAUUAUCUGACCGAUGCAAGUUAAAUAUGGGACGACGGCGGCCAUUUAUAUUACUGCUAUCCAUCGGAGUAGUUUUUGGACUUCUUUUGGUACCAAAUGGUGAAAGUUUGGGUUAUUGGUUUGGCGACGAACAUCAGUACCCGCCUAAUGUAUUUUCAGUAAGCAACAUGACGCAAAAUACCACUCACAAUAUGCAUAGCUCUUCAAAGAAUUCCCAUCCUUGGGGAAUUUUUUUUACUGUUUUGGGGACUGUUCUUCUUGACUUUGACGCAGAUGCUUGUCAAAGUCCUUCAAGAGCGUAUCUUCUGGAUGUAUGUGUUCCCGAAGAUCAUGCCAAGGGUCUCUCUACUUUCACUAUAAUGGCAGGACUGGGAGGAUUUUUUGGCUAUUCAAUGGGAGGCCUUAACUGGGAUGACACAGAAAUUGGUCGUCGAUUGGGAGGACAUGUCAAGGCUGUUUUCUCAAUUAUAACGUUUAUAUUUGUGGCUUGUGUUACAUUAACAAUUACCAGCUUUACCGAAAUUCCACUUUGGGCACUAUCGGGCUCAGAAAAUAAUGACAGUCGAAAGGAACAAGCACAGUUAGAAGUGCCUCUUUCAACUUACGGUGCUAUUGACAUCGACGUAUCAUGCAAGAACGCUGAAAAUAAGGAACAGCUAAUUAACCAUCGACCAUGUGCUAGUUAAUGUGACAUAUAUAUAUAGUUUAAUAUCCGC